AUGGCUUCCUCCGAGGUCGACCAAAAGUUUCUUGGCAAGCUGGCCAAGAUGGUGGAGCCCACCAACCCGUUAUUAGCCUCCAUCCUUUUCAAGAUUCUCGGCCUGUCCUUGAACCUAGCAGACGAGCUUGUCACCGCCAAGAAACAACGGCGCCACCACACCGAGCAAACGCCCGAGUUUCUCAAGUUGGUGCUUCACAUCAUAUGGCUAUCCAGAGAGGGCCUCAAGCUCCUGGACCAGUACGUGAUACCAAGCGUCGGUCACGAAGUGGAGCUCAAGGUCCUCGCCUACAAGCUGCGCGCCUCCUUCUACCACAUCUUUGUCCUCUUCCACAACAACCCCCGCUUCGGCGUCGAGACCCCGGGCUCGUUUCUCAUCCCGGCGGCCGACUACCUCCCCGCCGCGCACCGGUCCUUCAAGGAAGCCGUCGCCCUCGCCGAUGAUCUCCUCUGGGGCUCGCACUCGCUCCGUCUUUCCGUGAAAACGGAAUACGCCGCCUUUUUGUACGAAUGCAUCCACGACCCCGAAGCGAGCCGCGCCCUCGCCAAGAAGACGAUUGCCGAGGUCUACGACGCCCAAGAGGGCAUGGACGACGACAUGUUUGCCGACGCCUGCGAGCUCGUCACCGUCCUCGGCAAGAUGAUGAAGCGGGGCAUCGCCUCGAGUAAUACCCCAGCAAUCGACAAACGCCCGUCCCUGCUCCCGCCGUCCCUCCCCCGGAAUGGAGAACCCCAUAUGAUGAGGUCAACCCGCCCCCGCGGAUGA